GGGAAGAAGACGGAGGAAAGAGAAGAAGAAACGGAUUCAACGUCACCUGACUGGGAAAAAAAGCAUCCUUUUGGUCCGUUUCGGACGACCGUAGCACCUCCGCGCAAUCCGGGAAAAAUGACCAAGCUGCAGUUUUUGAACGUCUUUCUGACUGAGCGUCUCAUGCUCGCCGCACAGGAGAUUUACAAGUCGGUGGAGGACACGAUAUUGGAGUACCAGGAGGAGAUCGCGAUCCGGGAGAGGGAGAACGACCAUCUGAGACGGAGGCUCCGAGACGCCGGGAUAGAAAUAUGGCCAGAUCGCCCGUCCAUGGCGCUGUUGGAGGAAGAGGACGGUAAGCAUCCGCGUCAAGAGUGGAGUCCAAGUAUGGGACAUCAGGAGCGUUUUCCCAUUCAGCUCAAAGACAAAAGAGACAUGCGGGCCAACCAGGGAGACGAUCAGCUUCGAGCACACGGCUCCCACAGCAGCACAGAAAAUAUGUUCACCCCUCCACGUGUACCCAAUGAGUACCCUCAGGAUGGUCCUCACACAUCCAGUCUUCCUCAGAAUCAGGGCGUGGAGAACAGGGAGAGGGAUCCCGCGUCUUGUAACCCAUCGAGGCACGUGAAGGGCGAGAGCGGAGGGGGUCACAUGGUCGCUAUUUCCUCUAGCGGUGGUGCGCAGCCUCUGGCACCAGUCAACCCAAACUGCUCGAAUGAGAACAACAUUGACGUCAUUGGCGCUGAAAACGGUGGACAGAUGGGUGGCGCUAAGGGAGCUGUGAACGGAGCUAACAGAGGACAAGCCCCUCUCAUGAGGAGCCAAGGACCCAAUGCUAUGGACUGCCCCCAUCAAAAAUCUCCCCUGCAGGGCCACAUGUCGUCGUUCUGCUGUAAAGUCUGCGGAGAGGCAUUCAGCCACGUCGGACACUUGCACGUCCACGUGCAGGUGCACACGCGAGAAAAACCGUACCGCUGUGGAGUAUGCGGGAAAUGCUGCAGCUCCGCCGGCAGGCUUCAGGAGCACCAGCGGAGCCACACGGGAGAAAAACCCUUCCGCUGCCAGAUUUGUGGGAAGGGCUUCACACAGAUGGCUCAUCUGAAGGUCCACAUGAGGAUCCACACCGGAGAGAAGCCGUACAGCUGCCCCGUGUGCGGCAAGUGCUUCAGCCGCUCUGACAAAAUCAAAAGGCACCUUCAGACGCACAGCCGCGAAGGGACCUAUUUCUCAGGGCAGGAACAGAAGGGACCCGGUUUGGGAGUCGUUGUUGUGGGAAACCUUUGAAAAAAAAAAAAAAACAAGCUACGGCUGCUGUCACUGACGAGGCUUUUCCUCCCACCGCUUCAGUAAACACUUUUUAACCAAACCUGUAACUUCUCAGUCCCUUUAUAUAGUUUGUAUUAGCCAGUUUAGUAUGUUAUUUACAGCCUUUUGUAUUUAUCAUUAUGUACUGAACUAGACACAAUUUGAGUUAUUAGCUAGACUUUUCCGAAUUAUCUAGCGUUUUUUUUAUAGUCUUAUAAGUAGCAUGAAGUCUUCCACUCUAGCCUUGAAACAGGGAUGUGUCAAGACUUGCCAGAAUUGAUCAUCACAUUCAGUUUAUUAUCAGGCGGUCACUUGAAACCCAUGUGUGGGUAUCAGACUAAAUAUUUGCUUUGUUUUCGUUCCUGGUUAGAUCUUAAGAUUCAGAGUAAGCAUAAUUCUUGCAAUUUUUUUUCAGUUAUGGGGAAGAAGUCUUAUUUCAGGGGUGUACUAUUAAGCAGUAUCAACAAGUCAGAAAGCUACGUUGAACCUAAAGCCACAGUAAUCUGACUCAGUCGUCAUGGUACCUAAUGACGUGAAGGACAUUAAGCGGAGUUAGUAAGUGCUUUUACACCCGAAUAGUAGGGGACUCAGGUAAAUUGGGUUGGGAAUUCUGAAAAGCUUCACACCUUAAUCCGUUUUGGCUCAUGUUCCAACUGCACCUUUGAAAGUGGACCAAACAGACUGGACGGGGACAUGCUUUUACAACAGCAGCUACUUUGGGGCAUUCUCAUAAAAAUCUGCCCAGUUUGACCUGCCCGUGGGUAUGGCAAGCCACUUCUGUAUUCAAUAAAAAAAAAAAAAAAAAUAACCAAAUUCCCUAUUGAAUUACAGAUAUCUAAAGAUAUCUAUGUUUGAUAGGUAGAUGCAACUACAAACCCAAUAUUGGAGAAUGACACAUUUAUAGGAAGAAUGGGAUUUGUAAUUGCUGAAAUGAUCAUGGUGGAUCAUUCUGGAUACCUUAUAUGUAUAUUUCUUCUUGGAGCAAUCAAUGUAUGGAUAGUAAGCUUUGAAUGGACUAUACCUGAUCCUGCACAAGUGCGAAUUGUGAGCAACGUGAACAGUUUAGUUUGAACUGUAAGCCCUGCCCCCUCUACUGACCCCCCCCCCCACCCACCACAUUGAGAAACCCUCGACAUGCAUGAGAGUAAACACACCCCUCAAGCUUGUGCACAAUUCUCCAGAGGAAAUAAGGCUUCGUCAAGGGAUUUUUUUUUGUAUCUUCUUUGCUGUAAAUGUCUACAUCUCGGGUAAAUACUAAUUUCCUUUGGGAAAAGACCUGCCAUGCUGUCCUGUUUGCAUACCCUGUCAUGCAUGCACUGGAGGAGCUGCUGCUUAGCAAUGGCUCCGCUCCUCGUUGUGCCAUUGGCAGAGAAAAGUUGUCCCCAGUUGGUUGCUUAUUAUUACUAUGAAAAGCCUGGACUAGCUCAAUCGUGCAAUAAAUUAGUAAUUUUUUUAAUCAUGAAAUUACGUCUUUUAACUCACACAUUGCAUAAAAAAAGCUUUUUUCUUGACCAGACAAAAAUUAAGUCAGGUAUCGUUCCUUUAAAGAUCUUCUUUGGCUAUUAAAUGUUAAAUAGCUUGCCACAGAAUAGCAAGCUAAUAGCCUGUUUCUCUGUGUACAGGAGACAUUUACAGUCUCCCACAGCCUGGGUUCGCUAGUUACUAAAUGUCGUAUUAAUAAAGGCUGACUCUAGGUUCAAGUUUUGCCUUUCUGUCUGAAUGAAUUUCACGUCUGUUGAUCUUUCUUUUUAGUACACCCUGCUUUCGUUUCACUUUUAUUUAUAGUGUCCCUCUUACCUGAUAGGGCUGUUGCAUUCUUGCGGAGCAAAUUAUGGCCAUCUCACAUAAUCAGAGACUAAUCUAAUGUGAGACAGCACCAAUAAAACAUGUAUUAUUCUGUUGAAUGUAACUCACCAUUUUUCUUUCCCGGAUUGUGUGUUUUUUUUUUUUAUAACAUGCUCUUUUGGUAUUGUUGCUUGCAGAUAUACAAAUGAACUCCAGUUGAACCUUACAGUAUUAGAACCGAUUUUUCUAAAAGAUCUAAGCGGGUGAAGGCUUCUGUGCACCAGUGUUUCCACAGUGUUUCAGUGCGUGAGGUUUUUGGUUGGUAUUUACUUUUUUCUUUUCCAAAACGAUGAUUGGAUUGUCAUGGAACAAAACAUUUGUACUUGAAGUACUUCCUCUUUACAUUUCUGGGUCAUUGCUUAAGCACAACACCUGAAAGUAGCUUACGGUAGCCUUUCUCUUCAGGACAAAGGCUGCAUUUACAUCAAGAGGUUGUGUCAGAGAGAGUGAUAUGUGGUUCUAAAAAUCAGUGUGAUGGCGAAAUGAAAAACAAAACUGAUUGGUACGGCAGGAUUUUGCUAAAACAAAUCAACCCAGACUUGAAUACGAAUGGAGGUUGAUACCAUCAAGGUGCAGCAGAGCCUUGUUGGUAGUUUAUCUGCCCUUGUGUGUAAUAAAUGAAUAGUUGGUGGUUUAUCUUUCACCACUGGCCAGUAACUUCUCACAUGCAGUCUUCCUAGGGAGAUCCUAGCUCCCCAGCACAUACCCUGUACAGUGUUUUACCCUUGCCAAUUAAAUGGUACUUUGAAAUAAAGUGAUAACAUAAAGCAAUA